AUGGAAAAACCAUUCCAUGAUAUCCAUAUAACAACCACAGGUAUUACCUCCUCACAAAUAUCAACAAAUAUUAAUAAAAUUAUACUUUCCCUAGGAGGUACACUUUCCAAAGAUUUAAGACCAAAUAUCAACAUUCUCAUUGUGGAUUUAUCCAAUACAGAUAAUGAUGUAACAAAAAGUCAGAAAUUCAAUUACUCGAUAAAACAUAGAUUCGAUAUCAUCUUUCUGGAUUAUCAAUCUCUCGUCACCAUCCAUCAACUGUGGUUGAGAGGUGAUGACAUUUCCAUGUCUGAUCAUUCGAAUUUUGCUAGUUUGAAAAAUACUAAACAAAGAAUGUUGGCUGUUUUGAGAUCUCGGUAUUCUAUAAAACCAUUACAAAAUUAUAUCAUCUUCAUAGGGAGACUCUCCACAGAAGCUGCCGCUCAUCUCCCAAUUAUUCAGCCAUCCUUUAAAGAGUUAUGUAUUGAAUUGGGAGCAGAAAAGGUAAACACAUCGUAUUUCCCUCGAGAUUGUAAUCAACUUUUGAAAACCCCAUAUUCCAAAAUCAUCUUUAUAGCAGAUUCACUUCAUGGUGAAAGAAUAAAAGCAGCUCGUUUACAAUCUAUCCCCCUGGUGCAUUACAAGUGGAUCUUGGAUUGCAAUAAAAGAGGAGCUCCUAUUCCUUUCGAUCCGUCAUAUCUAUUGGAUAACCCUACUGUAUUGCAAUCCGAUUUCAAAUCUAUAGCUGCAAAUAUUUGUGAUUGGUCCUCAUCAACACACUCAUCAUCAUAUACAAUCUCUUCCUCUUUACAAUCAACUCGUCCAAUUACUUUGAAAAAAGAUAAAAAUGUUAAACGUUUAUAUCAAAAUGCCUUGGCAAGAGAAGUUUCAUCACCAAUAACUUCUCCACAUUUACCUCAACAGACUACAUUAGCAACAUCACCUUCUUCCAAUCCCACUUUCAAUUCAGAUCCUUCUCUUCUCACUCAUCCUCGCAGAGAGAAUAAUUUAUUUGAAAAUUGUCAUUUUUUCAUUCAUAAUUCUUUUAAUUCAAAACAAUCUAAGAUAUUAUCGAAAAUUAUUUUAAAUAAUAAUGGUAAUAUAAUAACAUCCCAUAAUGCAUUCGAUAAAGAUGAAAAAUUCAAUUUUAUUAUCAUUCCAUUUAAUUUACCCUUUAAUCAAAUCAACCUGCCUUCAAUGUCACAUACAAAUUUCAUUACAGAAUUCUUUAUUGAACGAUGUUUACAUUAUAAAAAUUUCAUUUUCCCCAUAGAUUGUUGGUCAAAACCUUUAUUCCAUACUUUGGAAUUCCAUCUCCUAUCUAACCCUAAUAUUAUGCAUAAUGGUUCUUCAUUAACUAUUGCCAUCACCGGGUUCCAAGGUGUAGAAUUAUUACAUUUAACAAAGCUAUUGAAUCUAUUAACUUCUCAUCCCACAAAUAUUAAUUUCCAAACAGUUUUAAAUAAAAAUACAGAUUUAUUAAUUGCAAAUUUAUCAGUAUUCAAAUCAAUCAAAAAUAAUAGAAAUUUAAAACCUUGGCAAAAUAAAUAUAAAUCUUUAUUCAUAGAUGAUAACCUUUCAAAUUCAAGAAAUUCCAUUUCUACUGAAUCAUUAAAGAAAAAGAUAGAAUUCGUAAGAGAUAUUCACAAGAUCCCUGUGAUUUCCCCGGCUUUUAUCAUUAAUUUAUUAGAAAAGACUUUUGAAUUGAAGGAGCCAUCAAAUCUUCUCUACUCUUGUAUUAUAAAUCCAGAUUGGUGCAUUUAUUGUUCAAGUGGUAACGUAGAUGAUUAUAAAGUGAAACUUCAAUUAAAUGAUAUAUCUUUAUCUGCUUUAACAUCAACUUCUACUUCUUCUUCACAACAACAAUCAUACAAAUCACAAUCUUGGAAAGAGUUGCACCCUAUUUCAACUCUACCAACAAUAAAACAAACUGGACGUGAAUUAAUUGAAAAAUUUAUUCAAUCUCCUACUACUGCUACGACUACUAAACAAUCCCUUAAGAUAAUUCACAAUUCAUCUUCCAAUAUUAUAGAAACUCCGAAUAUCAUCUAUUCGGCCGAACGAAAGAGACUCCCAUCUUAUUCGGCCGAUCAAUUACGUCAAAAUAUUUCCACUACUCCAGAUUUAUCUUACACCAAUACAAAUAUAAAACGUACAAAAAUUACUUUAUCUAAAGAUCAAACUAUCAUAUCAAGAUCUUCAAGCUGGGGUAGAAUGAUGGAAAACGAUUCAAUGACAACUUCACUUCCACUUUCAAAUAAUGGUGAUGAUAAUUUUACAAAUUCUUUUAAAAUUUCAAAUAAUUUAAAUAAUGAUGAUCAUUUACCACAUACUCAAAUCACUUAUGGUAUUUCUCCAACCAAAAGAGUAAAUGAUGAAACUUCAAAAUUGAAAAGAUUAACAAGACAUCAAAUUAAAGAAUUACGUAAAGAUUUUAAAAAAUAA